GAAGUGUCGGCUGUCAGUGGGUAAAUAAAGGAACACGCGGAUUUUCAACUGAAUGCAGCCGCGCUUGAUUCUGUUUUGAGCGAGUUUGCAUUGUGAGCCCCUGAAUUCCAACUGAGCAGAAGUAUUGGGACAAAUGCAUCUGAAGCAAAGUAAAGUUUGUUAAAAGCCAAAUGGAUAUUUGCAAAGGAAGUUUGGAUGAAAUUUCAAGGCCGGCUUCAGGUUCUCGCUCUCGAACAGGUAGUCGCAUAUCAAGCUCCCGACAAAUAGACAGACAGAGGACAGGUUCUGCCUGUUCUAGGUCAUUGGAAGUCCUGUCACCUGAAAAAAUGGAGUCUGAGAAUGGCUCUGUUGAACUGGAGGAUGUCUGCACUUCCCCUGAAUCAUCAGACUCCGAGAAAAGUGGGCAAACAUGCAAAACUGGAGGAACUUCUACACCUCAUAAGCAUGAUUUGGCACAAGCGCAAAUUCUGCAGCCAACAACAGCAGAUGCUGUGGAUGCUGCAAAGGGAAAUGCAAGUGACUGGACUGAAGACCCAGAACUUUUCAAAGCAAUCGAGAAGAUGAAAAGGCUUGAUAAAAUCCUUGCUUCCGCAGUCCUAAAAGAAAAAGAAGUAAAACAGCAGGGGAAUGAGCUGAGAGUGAAACUCUGGGAUGAGCUGCAGAGUUCAAAAUCUGAGGAUAAUCCAGAAACCCAUGAAGAGAGUGAAAAUACCAGAAAGUUUUUAGCUUUGACACCUGCCAGCAAUUUCUCCAUUGAGGACUCCACCAUUGUCCAUGUUUUUGAGACUCAACUCGCUGAUGAAGAAUUUGACCAGUAUUUUAGCAAGCCAAUGCAACAAGUGCAUGGUGACUGGACUGAGAGCAUCGCUAAGCUAGAGGCAAGCCCUGACACAGACACAUCUGACAGGCCAGAGAGCAGAUGCAGCAGAGUUAAGCAAAAGAAAAAGAAGAAACGCGACUUUGUGAAGAAAAACAUUGAGCUGGCAAAGGAUGCUGGGAAUCAAGUUCUUAUGACAGAUAAUGAGAAGAAAAGACUGGCAGAACUGCUGAGGGACAUUGAUAAUGACAGAAGUGACACACUUCCAAGAGAUGAGGCAGAUGUAACACUGGCUGUCAUUGAAGAAACAGAUGAAUUUGAUUCUCUUAAAGCAGUUGAUGCUAGACUACAGGUUCUGCUUUCUUCUGAGGACAUCUCAGUGGUGUUCAGCCCUGGUUCUUUCUCUGGAGCACUUCAGGAGUCGAAAACAGAUGUGAAGAGCAUUGCAGACAUUAAUCCAGGAGAGAAGGCUCUGCAAGAUGUGAGAGAGAAACGGGAGCAAGAAAGUCGACUGAGAGAGAUCAAUUAUGAGUUAGAGCAACUCAGCAAUGGAGUACAGAAACCAAUAGAAAGUGCAUCUUUGACAGAGGAGCAGCUGAAUGAACUUUUGGCAGAUUGCAUUCGGGUUCAGAGCAGAACAGAAUGCAGCAGCCAGGAGAUGAGCCCAUCAUUUGGGUCGAGCACUUCACUGGCACAACUCACGCCACAGCUCUCUGAAUCUGUGCUGUCUCAGCUGCUGGAGGAGGCUGGACAGUCUGGCAUUUUUAGCAUUAAAGCCAUGAAGAAUGAUGACGAGGAUGAGGAGGACAGCAGCAGUGGCCACUACCUCAGUUGGGUGUUGGCUAAUUGCAAGCAUGCAGAAAGACUGCUCAUGGAGAACAAAGAAGCAGCCAAAUCCAAGGUAGAGGAAAGCACUGAUGACAGUUGUUACAUGUCACGAGCAAUCCGGACCAAGAAGCUGAAUAGACCUGCCUUCCUAGACGACCCAUCUUAUACCAGCAGCAGCAGUGUAAAUGAGCCUUUGGCGCAAGAGCACAUUCCUUGCAUUCCAGAUGCAAAAGAAGGACAUAGCUCUGAACCCAAACUGGAAGAAAUUCAUGCCUAACUCUAUGAUGGCAACUCCACCAGAAAGUGAUACUAGCCAGACAAGAACAUCAAGACAGGACUUUGACUGCACUCUCAUUUUGAAGAAUUCUGAAUAGUGCUGUGGAUAUUACAUUUGUCACAUGCUUCUUACCCUAUUACUUUAGGUACAUUGCUUCUUGUGCAUUUUCAAAGUGAUACCCGUGCAACCAUUGGGUGGCCUUACUUGAUCUGGAACUACACCACUGGGCAUUCAUUUUGAGGUCCAUUUGGUUUUGGAUGAUACCUCUUGGAAGCCCCCUUCCUAGUUUUCAAUCAAAUCUAACCUGGUCCACCCGAGAUUUCUUCCGCUUCAAUUCUUUACAUCAGUAAGUUUAAAAGAGCAGUCCCUAAAUUAGGCCCAGUAAUCUCAUAUAUGCUUGGUGUUUGGUGCCAUGUAACAAAGUCCAUUUACAAGUGUAUUCCCACACCCCAUCUUUAAUAACCCUAGUCUUGGUGUAGGAGUUGGUCCUAUCUUGUUUCUAGGCUUGGUGCAGUAGUGGGCAGGCAUGACUCGUCUUGGACAUAUUUGUAACAAUAAGGUGCUCAGAACAUUCCAAUUGCUACGGUCCACUUUUUCUGUUCCUUCCUCCUGUGUUUUUCCUAAACUUCAGUCUGUUCUUAGGAUCUUUGGUAUUUCUCUGUCUUUAUCCCUUUCCUCUCACUCAUUUUUGACUUUGUUUCACUCUUUGUCCUCUAAGAUAAAACCUGUUUCUGAUUUUUUAGACAAAACUACCUCCAAGCUCUUGCCUUUUCAAUCAGUCUGGAAAUUUGAUCAAAUCAGUACAUCAUCUAAAUCUUGCUUAUGUACAUCCCUUGUACCCCUUAAGUGUUUCUUCGUUCUUCGGGUUCCCUAGGCACCCUUCUGUAUAGGUACUGGGAAUCUCCUAACAUCUCAGACUUUUCUUUCUUCUGUCCUCUACUGUGAUAUGCCUUUUACUUGUGAAAUCUUCCAUCUCCUUGGUCUUUCUGCUCAUUUUCUAUUCUCUUUCCAGCAGCUCUAGCUUUAGUUCUUUGUUGAAAUCCCCUGCUUCUCUGUUCGUCAUUCUUUGGAACUCCUACUUUCAUCGUGUGAUACCUGAACUGUCUGCUGCCAUGGGGAGCAGCCAGCCGCAGGGUAAGUUUUGGGUUGGCGCUAUGUGGUGAAUGUGUUUUUACCUAAUGAUGAUUUUCUAUUUGCACUAAUCUGGUUCUGCAUAUUAUUUAUAAAAAUUUGAAAACCAAAAACAGAGUAAAAACAUGUCUUGAUAAUAACUACAAUUCCUUUCCCUGUGAUCAUGAGAGUCUUUGUGACGAUUGUUCAUUCAUCCAAAAGCUUGGGCAGAGGAGUUUGUGCUGCCAUUUUUUAUAAGAUCUGUGCAAUAGCAUCACAAGCAAUGUGAGUCUGAUCACACGCCAGUCAACCAAGCCCUCAUCAUGGCCACAAACAAAGAAACAAAAAAUGCCACAAAUUGGUUGCAAUAAAAGCAUUAAACAGUGUUAAAUGUUAUUAAUGACAAUUAUGUGAUCAAUUACAGCAAUGAGAUAACAUUCAAAAAGCUCCAAAUUCAUUAUAUACUUAAUAGUUUUUGUGUAGUUAGUGAAAGAAAGUGAUCUGUUACAGAUUAGUAAUUGUGUCUUUAAAAUUGUAACAGCAUUAGUUACUCCUUACUGAUACGUGACAAAAAAUUCUUAAUUCUACAAAAGAAAAAACCUGAUUAAACCACACAAAUGCAAGCAAGCAUGGACUUGGUAAAUGAUAAAAUGAUUGUCCGUGUAGCAUCCAACAGCCGAGGUCACAUAAUUGGCCUGCAGUGUUUAUUGUGUAACUCAAUCAGUAUGCCCGUAUCUCUCCCAUCUUGGUGCCCUUUACACUAUCAGAAAGACACACACGAUCAAAAAGGAAGCAUUUACAUGUUUUUAAUUAACAAUGUCCAACAGUUAUGGUAAUGAACCUGUUAAUGUUAAAGAGAUGUGAUUAAACAUCGAGGACUUUUUUUGCCUCUGCAAAUCUAAUUCCUUAUGAGCCCUUUGGCUGGGAGGAUUUAUAUCAAACACACAUUAAAUUCUCUCCUUUAAUCAAACAAAAGAGUACCCAAAAAUUCCCAGAUUUGGUCAAUAGCAUGGGAGUCUGAUGUAGGUACUGAAUAUGUUACUAGGUAUGGUAAGCCUGCCGUCUUAGGGUAAUCAGUCCUCCGAGUGGCACUGUGCGGCAUUGAUCAAGUGUGUAUGUCUGCUGUUUAUUCUACAGUUAUACACGUGACAUGGGUGAUUUUUUAUUUCUCUAAGUCACCAUGGCACUUUCACUGGCACGUUAAAGAGAUGUGAUUAAAUAUUGAAAACUUUUU